GCAACUUCCCCAGGUUCCCUGAAUAACAGAUUGCUAGCACCAGAAGGACUUUAAGAAAUAAAUAUGCUUCACCUGGCAUUUUAUAGCUGAGAUGGAGCAAGUGAUUUCUCAGGAAUCACACAGCUAAUGAGCUGAAGAACUAGGAAUACUGGGACACGUCUCUUGAUGUCUAGGUCUUUUCAAAUCCCCAUUCUUGCCUCCCUUUCCAGGAGAGUAAAAAGAAUAGCUUUUAGACCUCCUGGGUGAUACAAUGGCAAGACAACACUUUGAGGCUUCUUUCACUUGCUAGAUGAAUAAACUUAUGUGGAUAUGUCUGAGAAGUCAUUGGGGGCUAUAAUUAGGGGUUAUUCGCAUCCCCAGACACUCGGACAUAGGGAAUGUAGGAUGUAGACAUUGGGAUGCAGAAGUGGAUACUAGGGAUCCUAACAUUUCCCCACAGUCAAGCUUUAAAUGGUUAAAUCAGCAAUGUUCUAGUUGUCCUCAACUUUUGACCAACAGUGGUGGAAAAAAAGAAAAAUAAAUAAAAACCAGGGGUCCUGAGACUUUUUUCAAGAGAUUUAGAGAUUUUGACUUAGCGAUUUUUAUACUACCAACUGUUUGAGAAAUUGGAUUAUCUCUUUUCUUUCAUAUUCACUGCCCUAUCCACCUCCCAACACUCUCCCUUCAACUCAUGAAUGAGGUGUUUUCAAUGAUCUUUGUGUAGGCUGAGAUCUUUGUACAGGCUUGGAAUUCAGAGAAAAGAUUCUGGGCCUGGUGUCACUUGGUAUGGCUGCAAUAAAGAGAUGAAAUUAGCAUCAGGCUAUUUUUCACUUGCUCUCUUGGUGACCUUCUUAGUGCUACCUGGGAUAUCAUGUCUCUGUCUGUAAACUCCUUCUAAGGCAAGGACAGUGGGCGGCCCAGAACAGCAUCAGCAAAUAGGUAAUUACUAUGUGCUUUUGAUGAUGAUGAUGAUGAAGAUAAUAUUAGGAACUUUGGGGAUUUAGAAAAUAUUCAAUUGGAGGACUGUCCUUGAAGAUACUCCCCAGCUAGCUUCUCCAGCACCCUGAGUUCCUUUAGAGGAGUAGAGUGAAGGUGUUUAAAGCCUGCCUUCAGGCUGAGUCUAGAGGAAGCUCUUGGUGGAAGGGGGUCGUUACAUUCCUGCCUGCUGAGUUCACGCCUGAGUUUAUCUUUUGCCUCUUCAUGAUCUCUAUAUUUAAAAAAAUUAAUUCAUUAAUUAGUAAAAUUAUUAUCCAGACUUUUUUUCUCUUACAAACAUAUGUCUAGUUUUUUUGUUUUAAUUUGAACAAAGAUAUAAUUUGAACAUGCUGCAUUAUGUGUUCUGCAAUUUGCUUCUUCCUCCUAACAAUAAAUCCUGGAUAUCUUUCUCUGCCAAGAUACCUAGAUCUGCCUCAUUUGGGCGAGUCUUUGUCCUCGUACCUGUGUGAUUCUCCGAGGGUCAGUUUUUGGCCUGCCUCUCUUCGUCCGGGUGUGAGACAUUGCGUGACCUCUUGCGGUGCGCUGCAGAGGGAGGUCCUGGAGGAGGCCUGGAGGGUGGGCGGGGCCCGAGGCCGCACUGGAUAUGUAGAUGAGGUAGGCGGGGCCCCCCACAUAUACCCGCGGGUAGCUGCUGGCGGUUGAGCCGGGUCUCGGCAGAUUCAGUCAGAGGUAACCUACGGACCCUGCUUCACCGAGAACAGCGGAGCCUGGUCCCCGGCUGUCCCCGGAGCGGGCCAUGCCCCCGCGGGAGCUAAGCGAGGCCGAGUCGUCCCCGCUCCGGGCCCCGACCCCUCCGUCACGGCGGGGCAGCGCGUCCCCAGAGCUGGGCAUCAAGUGCGUGCUGGUGGGCGACGGCGCCGUGGGCAAGAGCAGCCUCAUCGUCAGCUACACCUGCAAUGGGUACCCCGCGCGCUACCGGCCCACAGCGCUGGACACUUUCUCCGUGCAAGUCCUGGUUGACGGAGCCCCGGUGCGCAUUGAGCUCUGGGACACAGCGGGACAGGAAGACUUUGAUCGCCUUCGCUCCCUCUGCUACCCGGACACGGAUGUCUUCCUGGCCUGCUUCAGCGUGGUGCAGCCCAGCUCCUUCCAAAACAUCACAGAGAAAUGGCUGCCAGAGAUCCGCACUCACAACCCCCAGGCGCCCGUGCUGCUGGUGGGCACCCAGGCCGACCUGAGGGACGAUGUCAAUGUACUGAUUCAGCUGGACCAGGGAGGCCGGAAAGGCCCCGUGCCUCAACCCCAGGCUCAGGGCCUGGCCGAGAAGAUCCGGGCCUGCUGCUACCUGGAGUGCUCUGCCUUGACGCAGAAGAACUUGAAGGAGGUGUUUGACUUGGCCAUUCUCAGUGCCAUUGAGCACAAAGCCCGGCUGGAGAAGAAACUGAACGCCAAAGGUGUGCGCACCCUCUCCCGCUGCCGCUGGAAGAAGUUCUUCUGCUUUGUUUGAAGAGCUGUAGCAGCAAAAUGAUCAGUAGGCCAAUGGCCACAGACUUCUAGAACCUGGGGCACGGGACCUUUGAGGGACCUGCUGGCAGGGCCAGGUCACCUCCAUGGGACUCAGUUCCCAUCUGAACACUGUGGUAACACAUUCUCCAACUGACCACUCUUAUGUGCCAGGGUGAGCCUAGGGCCUGGAGGAGGGAAGGCUCUGACUUGGAUUUCUGUGGAUUUCUCUGACUUUGAUUUGUCAAGUACAGAGAAAUCCCAGUACUUUGAUUUUCAUGGGAUGAUCCUAACAGUGUCAGCUGCCUCCAAGCAGUUUGGGAUCCAAUACCCAGUUUCUUAUCAUGGGCCCUCAGGUCAAUCUGGCUGAAUUAGGACCACUCCUGGUGGUCCCCACCUGCUCCUUGGCACAGGGGUGAGGAAGAACCUGGGGAACAGCUGGGCAUCUUGGAGGGCUGGAAGGCAUCCGGCCCUGAAUCGGAGAGAAGUUUAGGAUGGAUUGGGUAAGACAGAGGUCAGUGAGAGAUUGAGAGGGAUCCGAAAGUAAAGGCUUGGAGCCUUGGGACUGGAGGCAGGCUGGGGAGGAGGAGGCAGACGAGAGGGCUAGGCUUGGAAGGAAGAAGAGAAAGAAGGAGAGCAGAGAAGUGGGGCAGUUGAGGAGCAAGGCUGCCACCUGGGCUGUCCUCAACCCCCAAGGCCAGGGAGGGUAGGGCUGGUCCCUGGGAAGAACUGGGUCUCAGUGCUCCCUAGGCACUGCCCAAACUGGCUAGGCCAGGAGUGGGGCAGGAAGUGAAAGACAAGGCCCAGCAAGAGGAGGGGGAGGAGCUACAAAUUGGAGCCUGAAGGAAGAAGGGGCUUUCUCCAAGGUCACAACCUAGAAGAUAAGGCAGUGUGGAGUCUGCAAAUAAAGCCUUAAGUUUCUGAA